AUGGUUAACUCCCCGAUGAGCAGGUGCACUGAAGUUACAACUCUAGAUGCUCCAGACUCUAUAAUUGGGGACACUCCAUCGGAAAGAACUGGCAUAGCCACCAUUUUGAUCAGGAGGUUGGGAUUGAUUGUCGGAAGCUGCAUGGGGUUCGUGGUAUUCAUUGUCCUGGUGUCGAUCCUCGGGUAUAUGAAGAUGAAGAAACAGAGGGCGGCUAUGAAGCGCGAACAGCCUCUGGCGCCCAAUCCUCCGGAAUACAUGUCAUAUCGUCACUUUUCGCUCCAGAGUGGGGAUAGGCUGGACAAUAACAAUCCUUGUCCAAGUUUCAUCUUCAGUAUUGGUAAUACCACGCUCAAUACGUAG